AUGAAUGACAUAUCAUUUUCUAUAGGUUCCGAUUUGUCAGCCAAUAAUGGUAACAACAGAACUGAUGUUUCCACUAAUAACACAACAAAAAAUGUUAAGUUACUAACCACAUUGUCUCCGCCACAAUUAGCACAACAGCAUCAAACACAUAAAAGUUCUGUUUCUUCUGUAACUAAAAAUACAAAUACUAAUAACUAUAACACCAGUAUUAAAAAGAAACCCUCUGUUUCCUUGAAUACCGAUGGUAAUACAACUAGUAGUAGUAAUGCUUCAACUCACCCUAACUACCACCACCACCAACAGCAUCAUCAACACAUAGUCGGGAUACAUUAUGCAUUGGGAAGUAAAAUAGGAGAAGGCUCAUUUGGUGUGAUAUUUGAAGGUGUAGAUAUAUUAUCACCAAUGAAAUCGCCAGUGGCCAUUAAAUUUGAGCCAAGGAAGUCAGAGGCACCCCAAUUAAGGGAUGAAUUUAGAAGUUACAAAAUAUUGCAAAAUUGCAAAGGGAUUCCCCAGGCAUACUAUUAUGGACAAGAAGGUAUGCACAAUGUUUUAGUCAUCGACUUACUAGGACCGUCUUUGGAGGAUUUGUUUGAAUGGUGUGGAAGGAGAUUUAGUAUCAAGACUACUUGUAUGUUGGCCAAACAGAUGAUCAGUAGAAUAAGAACUAUACAUUCCAGAGACUUAAUUUAUAGAGAUAUCAAACCAGAUAAUUUCCUUAUUAGUCAAUACCAAAGAGCAAAAUCUAAGUUGAAGAUAUGCUGUUCUAGCAGUCAUGGUGAUCCUAAUUUAGUUUAUGUAGUGGAUUUUGGUAUGGCCAAACAGUACAGAGAUCCAGUAACUAAAGAACAUAUUCCAUAUAGAGAAAGAAAAUCGCUAAGUGGGACUGCACGUUACAUGUCGAUCAAUACACAUUUGGGCAGGGAACAAAGUAGAAGAGAUGAUCUAGAAAGUUUGGGACAUGUUUUUUUUUAUUUUUUAAGAGGUUCUUUGCCUUGGCAAGGCUUGAAAGCUCCUAAUAACAAAUUGAAAUAUGAUAAAAUUGGCCAGACUAAGAUGGCCUCCACACCGGAAUUUUUGUGCAUGAACGGUAAAUUACCUAAACAAUUUGGCACAUACUUGGACUAUUGUAGAAAUUUAAAGUUUGAACAGGAGCCUGAUUAUGACUAUUUGAUUUCUUUGAUGGACGAGGUACUAGCGGAGAAGAAUUUAGAUGAUGACGGUCAAUACGAUUGGAUGGGUUUGAAUAAUGGUCAUGGCUGGGACAUUAGAAUUAACAGGAGAUCUAAUCUGCAUGGGUACGGUGGUGGUGCAAACCAUCAUGGAAACCUUCCUAACAACAACACUACCAAGAAGAACAAUAAUAAUAGUAAUAAUAAUAACAAUAAUAACAACAAUACGAAUAUUAAUAUUAAUGCAAAUGCCAACCCUAACAAUGCUUCUUCACGUAGUAGGCAGUUGCAACAACAAACUAGAUAUCAACAGCAACAGCUACAGCAACAGCAACGCAAACUGCGUAAACAUUAUUCACAAAUACCAUCGCCCAAUAAUUACAAGAUAACUGGAGCUGGGAUCACUAGUUCCAGCGAUAAGUUGAUGUAUGAUGGCGAUAAUGGCGCGUAUUAUUAUGAUUCAAUGGGAUCCCUUAACAAUACUGGAAGAGCGGGUGUUGGUGGCAGCAAAUUAGCCAAAAACUUAAGGAGUUAUAGUAGCAACACUGGUAAUAUCCAAAAUCAACAUACUGAAUCAACACAUAAUAACAACGGCAGUAACAUCGGGGUUAGAAAUAGCAGGGAUCUUAAUGAUUUGGAAGAAAAUGAUGAUGAUAAUGUAGGAUAUUGUUGUUGUUGUAAUAUAUGUUGA